UUUGCAAUUGAACCCGAUAAAGAAAAUGGGUCAUCUUCAAAUAUUAUAUGGAAAUCUUGCACCUGAAGGCUCAGUAGCAAAGAUCACAGGAAAAGAAGGGUUAUAUUUCUCUGGUACUACAUAUGUCUUUGAGGGGGAGGAAGCCAUGAUUGCAGCCAUCUCUGAAGACCCCAUGAGUUUUAAGGGGAAAGUGGUUGUUAUUAGAGGAGAAGGUCCUAAAGGGGGCCCAGGUAUGCCUGAAAUGCUGACACCAACAAGUGCAAUAAUGGGUGCAGGUCUUGGGAACGAAUGUGCAUUAUUAACUGAUGGAAGAUUUUCAGGUGGUUCACACGGAUAUGUUGUUAGACAUAUUUGCUCUGAAGCAUAG